GAGUGCAGUAUUCAACAUGACGUUUUUCAUGUAUGGAACAGUGCAACAUUUAAACUACGUGAACUCAACAAUCGUGAACACUUCUUUCGGGUACUCGUUGUCACCACCAUACUGGCGUUUCUGGUACGCCAAUGAGAACUGCUCCGUCGUUAGGAUACCCUUCCAGACCCCUGUAGAUGAUAAAUGUGAAGAAGCUGGGAACUGUCCAAAGCCACUUUGUGAACUGUGGGUGAGCCGCGACUACAAUGGAACUGUGCACAAAUCUGGGGGACUGAGAAACGCAACUUGCUGCGAAGUGUUCUUCGAAAGCCGAUGCAAUACGACAAUCAUGAUACAAGUUUACUCCGACGAUGUAUGUUUGCACAAGGAAGAAAGUUCGCUUGAAUGA